AUGAAAGAGGCAGUAGUAAUACAUUGCGAUCGAAAUGUCCAUCCGUAUGAUGAAGACACCAUGACAAAUUCAUCAGUCUUCAAGAACAAAAAACAACAUGAGCCUCCAGCAAAGUACAGAUCUUUUAAUGAUGAGUUUAUGGAUUCAAUCGAUGAUAUCGCGACGCGGGGUAUUGUUCCGUUGGACCCGUUGGCAGAUGAUGGUUCCGUAGAACUUCCAGAUGAGGACCGCUACAUGGCUGCCGGGCCUAUUGAUCCGAUACCAGUCCAACGAAGAGAGAAGAAAGAGAUAUUGCCAAAAUCCAAAGCAAGUAGUAAAGAGCCGACUACACGGAAAAAGAAGGAACCGGAAGCAUUCGACAGGGUCAAGUCUUUUCAGACGAUGGAUAUGACUGCAAGUGUAGCAAUGACAGAAGCAGGGGGGUGCGUGAACUUUUUUGACGCCUUCUUCAUAUGCGUUGAAGAAGAGGAAGAACUGCGAAAAACACAAAGCGAGGGCUCGGAAUAUUCUGAGUCUACAACGUCUCAUCAGGGUUACUAA